AUGUUCGGUGCCUUUAAGUCUACAGCCACCUUGAGUGGUGGGUACUUAUGGAAGUUUGCCCCAAGAUUAUCGGUUCCCCAAAAAUACAGAUUGAGACAAAGAAUGAAGACGGUUGAUGCCAACGUCGAGGUUUUAUACCAGUCAUUGAUACAACACCAAGGCAAGCAAGAAGGUGAAAAAACCGGGUUUGGCAAGAUCGACUACUUGAAAUUCGACAUGCCCAAGGAAGCCGAAAUGUCCCCCAGAGACAAGUACACCACAUUCAGCAGAAACGAAAAGCACUACAGAAAGGAUCUUCACAGGGUUCCCAAAUGGACCAAGAAGUCUUUCAGAGAGAAUCCAAAAUACUUUUAG